AUUAUAUUAUAAGAUGUUUCAAACUCUUUGCAUGCCAGCUUAUUCAUCAAGAUCGGACUAUAAGUUAAUAAUGUGCGCAAGAGACCCAUACUUUGUGGCCAUAUUUGUGCUUUUUGUUACUGGGUUGACCGGAAGUUUCAUAGCUUGUUAUGAAGAUAGCAAUAAUAAUAGUGGGGAUUACUGGAAAAUGGGAGCUUCCUUCAUCUUUGGAGAUUCUUUGGUAGACGCUGGAAACAAUAACUACCUUUCUACCUUGUCCAAAGCUGACACUCCUCCUAAUGGCAUAGACUUUAAACCCUCAGGCGGUAACCCUACCGGCAGAUUCACCAAUGGAAGAACCAUCGGAGAUAUUAUUGGAGAGGGACUGGGACAGUCUUACUAUUCAACGCCAUUUUUAGCUCCAAAUUGUAGCGGAAAAGCCAUACUACACGGUGUCAAUUACGCAUCGGGAGGUGGUGGAAUUUUGAACGCAACUGGAUCCAUAUUUGUGAAUAGGUUGUCGAUGGAUAUCCAAGUUGAUUACUUCAAUAUAACAAUGAGAGAAAUCAAUAAAUUGCUUGGUGCCUCAAAGGCAAGAGAAUUUAUCACCAAGAAAGCCAUAUUUUCCAUCACCCUUGGGUCCAAUGAUUUUCUCAACAAUUACUUACUUCCGGUAGUUUCUAUUGGUACAAGACUCAACCAAACUCCGGAUGCCUUCAUUGACCAGCUUAUUUCUCAUUUUAG